AUGAGGGUAAACUUCUCGGACCAGAGAAUGGGCCAGCAGCAUUCAACUGCGGCGAAAUGCUCUGUCUGCAAAGGCGGCUGGGGCAAAAGUGACAAAACAAGGUGUGGCGGAUCGAUGGCCAUAUGCAAUAGAUGCACGACACGACGGUUUUCGCUGCAUACAGAGAUAGAAGGCGACUCCGCGACGAUAACGCCUUCAAUUACUACAGCUUCUACAGUCACAUUGACCGUAAUGAGAGGACCGCGUAGACCGAGAACAGCUGGGGCAGAAGAUAGACCAAGUAAUUCUCGAAGACCAGUGAACUUCAGCCGAGACUCUGCUCGGGCUGUAAUGGAGAAGCGAAGGAGAUUGAAGGAGAUUGGAUCAUACCGAGACGAAUGGCAAAGAGGAAACUGUCUGACCAGUGGUCCCACUAUAUUCCCUCCGCUCCUCUUCCCUUCCACUGAGAGAUGA